GCCCGGAGCUCCUUGGUGCCCAGCACCUUCGCCUGGCCCCGCCCCGUGCCCCCAGCCCACACCUGGCCCUCAGCCCCGGCCUGCGUGACUCCAGCAUGGCCCCGCUGGACGUGUGCCUGAUGCAACCGCCGGCCGCUGCCAGGCCCUUGCACAACACAGACACCCGACUGGCUGGUUAACGAUUGACCGGGGCGUAGGGGGGCGCUGAGGCAUAAAAGGCAGCGGCGGCGCCGGGACCGCACCUCCGGCCGCUCCGCCACAGCCAUGCUCGCCCUGUGCCUGCUGUGCUCCCUGCUGGCCGAGGCCUGGCCCGCCUCCGCGGCCCCCGUGGGCCGCGUGGAGCCGGCACAGCACGAGGAGCUGACCCUGCUCUUCCACGGGGCCCUGCAGCUGGGCCAGGCGCUCAACGGCGUGUACAAGAGCACGGACGCGCGGCUGACCCAGGCCCGGCACAGCGUCGGCCUCUACGGCCGCGCCCUGGGGCUCCUGGGGCGGGAGGUCAGCGAGGGCCGGGACGCCGCCCAGGAGCUGCGCGCGAGCCUCCAGGCGAUGCAGGUGGAAGAGGACGCCCUGCAGCUGCAGGCGGAGGCCACGGCCCAGGCGCUGGGCAAGGUGGCCCAGGGGCAGCGGGGGCUGCGGAAGCACAUGCGACAGCUCGAAGCCCGGCUGAGAGGCGCCUGGCUGGGCCGGGCCCAGGAAGAAUUCGAGGCGUUGAAGGCCCGCGCUGACAAGCAGAGCCACAUCCUGUGGGCGCUCACAGGCCACGUGCAGCGGCAGCGGCGGGAGAUGCUGGCCCAGCAGCACCGGCUGCGACAGAUCCAGGAGAGGUGAGCCUGGUGGGGGCUGGGCUUCCUCGUCUCCCUUCCAGACUGCACACGGCGGCGCUCCCGGCCUGAGCCUGCCUGGCGGAACUGAGGACCAGCCAUGCGCACCGAGGGACGGGCGCUGCCACGCCCCACGCGGCCCCCGCGCAGGGAGGAGCUGCCUGGCUGCCGGGGCCAGCGGGCUGUCCGGCCCCACGUCCGGCCGCACGUCCGGCCGCACGUCCGGCCGUGGAUCAGAGACAGAAGCAGGUGGGGUCGAAGGCAGAAGACGUGGCCCCACCGAGGAGGAGUGAAAGCAAGACCCUUGCCCCCCUUAGACAUGUGCCUAAUGACCCAUUAAAGCAACAGUGGCAUCGCA